AUGAAGGCUCCCCUCCCUUUCCGUCUUUGCUCGCCUCUAUCCUCUUCAGCCUUGCCUGCCUGUCAGAAAGGUGCUCCAGUGUUGGAGGCUAGGCUACCCUCCUCCCGGACCCCCGUACGAGAGCCAGCCGCCGUCGUACCCCAAGGCUCGGGCUCCCCCCCCCAGCUCACGGUUCCAGCCAUCGCGACCACCGCUAGUUCCACCCGGUUCACCGACGAGUACCAGCUGUACGAGGAGCUCGGGAAGGGAGCUUUUUCAGUGGUGCGUAGGUGUGUAAAGAAGUCAUCGGGACAGGAAUAUGCUGCAAAAAUCAUCAACACUAAGAAGCUGUCUGCAAGAGACCAUCAGAAGCUUGAAAGGGAAGCUCGUAUCUGCCGCCUGCUGAAGCACCCUAACAUUGUGAGACUCCAUGACAGCAUUUCAGAGGAAGGCUUUCAUUACCUAGUCUUUGACCUGGUGACAGGAGGAGAGCUUUUUGAAGACAUUGUAGCCAGGGAGUACUACAGCGAGGCCGAUGCCAGUCAUUGCAUUAGUCAGAUCUUGGAGAGUGUCAAUCAUAUCCACCAGCAUGAUAUUGUGCACAGAGACCUCAAGCCUGAGAACCUGUUGUUGGCCAGUAAGAUGAAGGGAGCUGCAGUGAAGCUGGCAGACUUUGGCCUUGCUAUCGAAGUGCAAGGAGACCAGCAGGCUUGGUUUGGGUUUGCGGGCACUCCUGGAUAUCUGUCCCCUGAAGUCCUGAGGAAGGACCCCUACGGCAAGCCUGUGGACAUUUGGGCUUGUGGUGUUAUUCUGUAUAUCUUGUUAGUGGGAUAUCCUCCAUUCUGGGAUGAAGAUCAACACAAACUCUAUCAGCAGAUCAAAGCCGGGGCAUACGAUUUCCCGUCCCCAGAGUGGGACACAGUGACUCCAGAGGCAAAGAACCUGAUCAAUCAGAUGUUGACCAUUAACCCAGCUAAGCGAAUCACUGCCGAGCAGGCCCUCAAACACCCUUGGGUCUGCCACCGUUCCACAGUGGCAUCCAUGAUGCACAGACAGGAAACUGUCGAGUGUCUCCGCAAGUUCAACGCUCGCCGAAAACUCAAGGGAGCCAUUCUCACCACCAUGCUGGUGUCCAGAAACUUCUCAGUGGGCCGGCAGCAUACCAACUCUGCUGCUGCCGCCUCCUCCACGGCCUCACUGGCUCAGGAAGCAUGCAAAAGUUUACUCAACAAGAAGUCAGAUUCUGCUAAGCCUUCUACCAACAACAGUAAGAACAGUAUAGUGAGCGCCAUCAAUGCCCUGAAAGACACCAACAUGGCAACCAACGCCCAGAUGGAAUCUCAGAGCACGGUGGUGCACAACCCUCCUGAUGGAGUCAAGGGAUCAACAGAGAGCAACGCCACCAAUGACGAGGAAGAAAUGAAAGCGGACAGCUCGGCGCAGAGCAGCGCCACAGAGGAGAUGCCCCCACUUCUGCCCUCACCUCAAAGCUCACCUGCCAUUCCACCGCAUGACGUAAAGCGCAUGGCAUGGAACAGCACGGGCAACAGCUCCUGCCCUGACUCUGAGCUCUCACAGUCCUCCAUGCCUGCCGCUCCACUAGGGAGCAACACUGUCGCUGCUAUAAGCAACACUAAGCAGACUCGUAAACAGGAGAUCAUCAAGAUAACGGAGCAGCUGAUUGAAGCGAUCAACAAUGGAGAUUUCGAUGCCUACACGAGGAUUUGUGAUCCUGGACUCACCUCCUUUGAGCCUGAGGCCCUCGGGAACCUGGUGGAGGGCAUGGACUUCCACAAGUUUUACUUUGAAAACUUGCUGAGCAAGAACAGCAAGCCGGUCCACACCACUCUGCUUAACCCACAUGUGCACCUGAUUGGCGAGGAUGCCGCGUGCAUCGCCUACAUCCGGCUCACGCAGUUUGUGGACACCACGGGCCGCCCUCGUUCCAGCCAAUCAGAGGAGACCAGGGUGUGGCAUCGUCGCGAUGGCAAGUGGCUCAACGUUCACUUCCACUGCUCAGGAGCGCCUGCUGCACCACUACAGUGAUCAGCGGUCCUGAGCCUCCAGUCUACUGGAGUGUGUGUUUUGGGGGGCAGUUUUUUUCAGCGAGCGUGUUUAAGAGGCACGUCCUCUGCGUGGAUUGGCUAGUGCCAGGAGCCCGGCCGGGCGAGAUCGCAUCCCUCUCCACGAUACCAACCAAUCCUGUCCCUCCUUUGACCUGCUGGGGGCCGGCUGAACACAAGACACCGCCCCCAUGGGAUGAUGCAUGCAUCUGGCGCCUGAUCGGAGGGCGAGUCUUUGCCCUCUAUCCCUCCCCAUGGCGGCCAUCUUUUUUCUGCCCGCGCGCGAUGAGACGUCCUGCGUGAGGAGAGGAUUUACAGUUGAACUUGUGACAGUUUAUGAGUAUGAGUUAUGAAUAUGCUGUGUAAAUUAUGACUAGAUGUACCAGAAACCACCAAAACCCAACCAAGCAUUUAUAUUCACUAUCUAAUAAGGGAGGAACAGAAGGGAGUGUGAGGUUAGCAGCUGAGAUUUUGGACACUAUUUUUUUUUUUUUUUUUUUUUUUUUGGCAUUCUAGGGAUUUCCGGGUAGGAAGUGUUGUGCUCAUUCACCCGGACGUUGAUGUAAAAGAUGUAGGGAGAUUUUUUUUCCCCCCGUCUGAAUUCUCAAAGGGGGAAAAAAAAAAAAAAAAAUCAAGUCGGCUCAGUCCGAGAAACGACGAGAGAAACUUGAUAUCAAAAACAUGAAGCACCAAAGUGUAGAACUUUAGGCUUUUUACGUGUUUAUGUGUUUUCGUUUGUGUGCUUGUUUUUCCGACCGGACGGAAAAUUGUGUUGUUGUGGGAUCGGGUGGGUGGGAGGGGAAGCGGGGCGUUUGAUUUGUGUUGUGUUUUUAGCGUCCUGUUCCUCUUUGUGAAUAACCGGAGCCUUUUUUUUUUUGUUGUUUUUUGUCUGACUGAUCCUAUAUUCAAGGCUCCAUUUUUUUUCAUUUUUUUUAAGAGUUUUUAAAAAAGGAGGGAUUUUAUUGUGCAAGUUUAAACUGCGCGUGUUCUGUUGUCUGUAUGCAGUGGAGGGAGAGAGCGGGCCGGGAAAAGGCGUCUGCGUUUUGCAUGUUUGCCCGCCGCCUCUCUCUCAUUUCAUCCCUCCCUCACCCCCGUUUUUCUCUCUCUUAAAACCAUUCCCUCUUUUAACCCUCCCUCUCCUUUUUCUCUGCUUUCUGCAAGGGCCUGGUUUGUUUAUAAUCACUGUGUAAAUACAGUGUAUGUAUAGAUAUAUGUAGAAAAGUGUAAUAUAUGUACAUGUAUCUAAGAGACACUCAUCCUGUGCAUCUGGGAACCACCCCAUGAACUCUGUGACCCCUCAUUUUCCUCAGUUUGCUUUAAUUCUCCUUUAAAGUACUUCCUUAAAAUAUUGGUAGCUCGCCGUCAUAAAAUAAAAAUGUGGGCUACCAGCUCUAGUCCGUGGCCGUAAGACUGUUUUUAGAGACGGGGAUAAAAGAAAAUUAAAAAAAAAAAAAAAAAAAAAAAGUUUGACCCCUUUUGCCCCCAAAAGAGUUUUUAAACAUGAAGACCUUCAUCAUUGUGUCCUGAUCCCACAAUGCUGUGAGCCGUCUCUUCAUAUCAUAUGCACACACACAAACACACACACACACACAUGCGUGCACGCCUGGUGGUGUGUUUCGGCUUUGUAACAUAUCUGCACCACUGCUGUGUGACCACGGUGCCACCCUUGCUGUGCUGCUUAAUUGUCUCCAUCCAUCCGCGACAGUCGUAUCUUAAACUCUUCCUCCUCCUCCUCCUCCUCCUCUUCCUCUGUGUACCCAUGAGUCCCUGCUCUUGAGGUGUUUAUUUGUACCUCUCUCUGUUGUUUCUCUGUUCCCGUGUUUGAGUUUUUUCGUUGUCGUCGCUGUUUUUUGCUGUUGUCGUUUGGUAAUUUGCCGAUCUGCCAAGCUGGAGUUCUGCACUCUCCCUCGCACACAGGAUUUAAAAAAAAACAUUAAAAAAAAGGGAAAAGAGGGAGGAAGUCGACAUAAAUUACAGAUUGAGUGAUCAUAGAUUGAUCAGGACUAAAUUAUUUAUUAAUGUGAUCUACCCUAGGUGGUUUUAAAUCGUGCCUGCUCAGUUGAGAGUUGGAAGCCAGAGAGAGAGAGAGAGUUGGUGUGGGUGUGCAGGUUAUUCGUGACCUACACUGUCGAAACCAGAGCGGGAGACCUAGUUAUAUGCAUGUUUCAGUUACGCAUUUCUACCAUGUACCUACCUGAAUACGGAUGGAGCCUAGUGUUAAUAUAUGAUAUUUGCAUCUUUUGAAAUAAGAAAUAUCCUCCAUCCAGAAUGUUGAAUAGGUGACAUGAAAAAUAAUAUUUAAAAGAAAAAAAACAACAAAAAAAAAAAGCAAAAUUUUUAAAAAAAGGAUUCAGGAGCCGUAGCUUGGUAUGAGGCCCUCGAUGUUAGCGUUUUCCCUGCGUUGUAAUGAUAUACUAUUGGGCUGCGCUUUCUCCCCCAGCCUUCACAUGAAUGCUGGAGUUUUUUUGCAUGAUCAUGAUGUACAAUGAAAUACAACCAUGAAUUGACGACUAUCAAGUGUUUGUCUGAGUGUUAGUUGGUCUUCAUCAUAGCUUUGUUAUUCUUCAAACUUGGAUCUUGAAAGUAUUUAAUAAAAAUACUAUUUCAGCACUG